CGCGGUGGAGGCGUUGGCGCUGCCACGUCCGGGUGACUACAGCGGCGACCGCUACAGCGGCGCGGGACGUGGAGGAGGUGGGGCUGGCGCUGGAGCAGGAUCCGGUUCCAGCGCUGUGUAUCCUAGUGGGGGAGAGUCCACCGGUCCCGGAGAGGAGUGCCGACUGUGGGGCCACUACAGACCUUACUGCAAAGAUGAAACUUGAUGAAACUCCUAUGUUUGACCCAACUCUGCUCCAAGAAGUGGACUGGAGCCAGAAUACAGCUACAUUUUCUCCAGCCAUUUCCCCAGCAUAUCCUGGAGAAGGUUUGGUUUUGAGGCCUCUUUGUACUGCUGAUUUAAAUAGAGGUUUUUUAAAGGUACUUGGUCAGCUGACAGAGACUGGAGUUGUUAGCCCUGAACAAUUUAUGAAAUCUUUUGAGCACAUGAAGAAAUCUGGAGAUUAUUAUGUUACCGUUGUGGAAGAUGUGACUUUAGGACAGAUUGUUGCUACGGCAACUCUGAUAGUAGAACAUAAAUUUAUCCAUUCCUGUGCUAAGAGAGGAAGAGUAGAAGAUGUUGUUGUUAGUGAUGAAUGCAGAGGAAAGCAGCUUGGCAAAUUGUUGUUAUCAACCCUUACUUUGCUAAGCAAGAAACUGAACUGUUAUAAGAUUACUCUUGAAUGUCUACCACAAAAUGUUGGUUUCUAUAAAAAGUUUGGAUAUACAGUAUCUGAGGAAAACUACAUGUGUCGGAGAUUUCUAAAGUAAAAAUUUUAAAGAAAGACAGUUGUUAAAGGAGCUAACGCAGUAGCGUUAUAUAGCCUUCCUAGAGUUAAAACAGUUUGUUAUAACCCAGCGACCUCCACAAGAACUGGGUUGAAAAAACAUUGUAAUACAACAAAUAUAAUGACAUUUAGAAGAUUACUUUGGGUUUGUGGUUCACCUGUGAGUUGAUUAAAUUACAAAUGAAUAUUAUAAAGAGGAUGAUUUUUAACCAAAGGAAAUAUAUUUUUAACUUGAAUCUUUUCUUGUAUUUUUCUAAAGUUUGGCCUCAUUUCUUGGUAGUCACAGUAUAGGAGUUCUGUAUUUGCUAUCAGUAGUGCUCAUUUUUAAAAAAGCAUACAAUGAAUAAGACUUUCUUAUUGCCAUAAAAUUAAUAUUUUCGGUUCAAAGAAAUGUCUAAAUACAAAUUAAGGGUGUGUCAUUUCCCAUAUAUUACUUGAAAUUGGGUAUGUUAGAUAUAUAGCUAAGUGUAGUACAUUCCAACAUUUGUUGAUCCUAAUACUGUAUUGGUAAAUAAUCUGGUCAGCUUUUUAAAAUAGAAAUGAAAAUUAACUUAAACAUGUGACAAGAUUCAAAGUAAAACAGUUUAAAUGUACUUCUAAUGGUUUGUGUAUUUCUAAUGUAGAUAAAGUACCACCUGUCUUAUAUGUGAAAUAUAAUACUUAUUCAAGGUACCUAAGAGGAAAUAAAUAUAAGGUACUUUUUAACAGUGAGUUAGCAAAUCAUGGCAUAUUACGAGUGAGAAUUUUAACCUGAAUUCUCAUCUUUUAAUGGGUGUCUGAGGCCUCUUCUGAGGAACAUUUUUAUGAAAAAUAGAUUAUAAAUUUGAAUAGAAUAUUUAAAACAUGUAUAUUUGUUACAUUCUUAAAAUGUUGAUGGAACCUUUUCUAUUUAAUGUGAUUAUAUAGAGUACUAUUGAAUAUUCCAGUCACUAUCCUGUUUUGAUUUUAUUUUUUUUAAGUUGGAGCAGGUAUGAAAAUGUUAAUGGUUCUAAUCUUUUGCAUUCCAUGUUACAUUAAACCUGUUCAUAUGA